CCGACCGCGAUUUCGCCCGGUAAUCCAUUCCAACAGCGACCAUGAGCGGCAAACUAGCGUCUGAGUAUCCGUCGUGGCAGAAGCUGCAGCAGAUCUACGAUGCCGAGCACUCCAAGCUCGUCCUCAAGGACCUCUUCGCCGCCGACCCCGCCCGCUUCUCCAAGUUCUCCAAGGAAUACGUCGACCCCUCCGACCCCUCCGUGACCUUCCUCCUCGACUACUCCAAGAACCUCAUCACGCCCGAGAUCCUCUCCACCUUGCUCUCCCUCGCGCGCGAGGCCCAGGUGGAGACCUUCCGCGACAAGAUGUUCGCCGGCGAGCACAUCAACACCUCCGAGGACCGCGCGGUGCUCCACAUCGCGCUGCGCGCCUUCGGCGACGCGCUCACGUCGAUCCCCGAGCCGGGCGUGGACGAGGUCGCGGGCGUGCGCGCGCACAUCAAGCAGUUCACCGACGCCGUCCGUUCUGGCGCGUGGAAGGGCUACACCGGCAAGCCGAUCCACACGAUCGUCAACAUCGGCAUCGGCGGGUCCGACCUCGGCCCGGUGAUGGUCACCGAGGCGCUCAAGGCGUACUCGAAGCGGGACCUCGCCGCGCACUUCGUGUCCAACAUCGACGGCACCCACCUCGCCGAGACGCUCCGCCUGUGCGACCCGGAGACGACGCUGUUCAUCAUCGCCUCGAAGACGUUCACCACCCAGGAGACGAUCACCAACGCCGAGUCCGCCCGCGCGUGGUUCCUCGCCGCCGCGGGCGGGGACAAGGCCCACGUCGCGAAACACUUUGUCGCGCUCAGCACGAACACGAAGGCGGUGACCGCGUUCGGGAUCGCGGAGGAGAACAUGUUCCAGUUCUGGGACUGGGUCGGGGGCAGGUACAGCCUCUGGAGCGCGAUCGGGCUGUCGAUCGCGCUCGUGAUCGGGUACGACAACUUUGAGGAGCUGCUCAAGGGUGCGAACGGGAUGGACCAGCACUUCAAGACGGCGCCGCUGGAGGAGAACCUGCCGGUGCUGCUCGCGCUGAUCGGGAUAUGGUACAACGACUUCUACGGUGCCCAGACCCACGCGCUGCUCCCCUACGACCAAUACCUCCACAAGUUCGCGGACUACUUCCAGCAGGGCGACAUGGAGUCCAACGGCAAAUUCGUCACCAAGGGCGGCCAGCGCGUCAACUACCAGACCGGCCCUAUCAUCUGGGGCGCGGCGGGCACGAACGGCCAGCACUCCUUCUACCAGCUCGUGCACCAAGGCACCAAGCUCAUCCCCGCCGACUUCCUCGCGCCGGCGACGACGCUCAACCCGAUCGAAUCCUCCAAACACCACCGCAUCCUCCUCUCCAACUUCUUCGCGCAGCCGGAGGCGCUCGCCUUUGGCAAGACCGAGGAAGACGUCCGGAAAGAGCUCGGGCCGAACGCGAGCGAGGCGCUGGUGAAGAGCAAGGUGUUCGAGGGCAACCGGCCGAGCAACUCGAUCCUGUUCCCGAAGCUGACGCCCAAGACGCUCGGCGCGCUGAUCGUGCUCUACGAGCACAAGAUCUUCACGCAGGGCGCGAUCUGGGGCAUCAACUCGUUCGACCAGAUGGGCGUCGAGCUCGGCAAGGUGCUCGCGAAGAACAUCCUCGCGCAGCUCGGCAAGCCCGAGGACGUGACCGGCCACGACAGCUCGACGACCGGCCUCAUCCACUAUUACCAGAAACACCGCCAGGAGUAAAGUGCUCUGCGGGGACGAAAAGAAACGAUGGAAGAAGCAGCAGAUGUAUGGUAUAAGAACAAACAAUGUUGUACUUCGUUCAUUAUAGACGUGCGAUUUCAUGGUAAC